AUGAAGUUGGUACAGGCUUUUUCUCUGGCAGUCCUGGCCGGAGUUUCAGUGGCUGUUAAAAUACCUUUCAUCCAAUCAAAGCCUACGGCCUUACAGCGACGAAGUGGGGGCACAGACGUUUCAAUAUCGCACCCCCAAGUUCUGUCUUCGGUCUCCACAGCACUUACGCUCAGGCAAGCCAUAUCUUCACUCCCCAAUAGCGACGUUCACGAUCUCAUUUAUAUGGCAAAUGUUACCCUUGGCGGUGUUGAUUAUCUGGUCCAACUUGACACAGGUUCUUCUGACCUAUGGGUUCUCAACAGUCCAACACCCAUCCCCAAUACAAACAUUACAUCCCAGAACUGUAAUCUGACUUAUGGCAUUGGUUGGGCAUAUGGCGGUAUUUCCUAUGUCACUGCCGAGUUUGCAGGGAUAUCCGUUCCUUCACAAGCUUUUCUUGACGUCUCAUCCGCGCAAAAUCCGGCAUUAUCCUAUGGGGCUUCUGGACUCCUAGGGCUAGGUUUUGAUUCAUUAUCAACUAUAGAUGCUCUCGUGAACGCCACUGGUGCAUCGACGGGCCGCAGUCUCCUCUACAAUCUUUUCCAAGACAAUCCUUCCGAACCCAACUUUAUCGCAUUAUCCCUGCAGAGUACGUCAGAUGACGAUCAAGUUACAGGCAGCUUCGCAAUUGGCGAGACUGAGCCCCAAUAUUCCAAUGUCACAAGCACCAACAAAAUCCCAACUUGGCCCGUCAACUCUCCAACGCGUUGGAAUGUGCUAUUGGACUCCUUCAUUGUUGGCACAGAGACCUAUUCAGUUUCCACUGGCGUGCAGGGAGCACCAUCAAACAAAGCAGUUGUUCUUCUGGAUAGCGGCACAUCGUAUACGUACGCGCCUACUGACGUGUGUCAAGCCAUUUAUGGCGGCGUAUCUGGAGCUCAGUAUAACUCUGGCCUUGGGCAAUGGACAGUCCCUUGCGACGUAGAAAUAGAUAUGGCGCUUCAGUUCGACGAUCAAAUCUUCCCGAUACAUCCCCUCGAUGUUUCACCAACGAGUUUCAGUGAUCCUUCAAUCUGUGUCGGCUCUUUUGUGCCCCAAAGUGUUUCUGUUGGGGCUGGCCAAUUUGAUUGGUUGAUAGGUGACAAUGUUUUGCGUUCAGUCUAUGCCGUGUACGACUUUGGCGACUUCGUUUCAUCGGGGACUAUGGGCAGCCCUUAUGUUCAAAUGCUCUCCCUGGUCGAUCCUGACCAAGCAUCGGUGGAGUUCCACUCCGUCCGGGGCGGAACACCAGAGAAUAACAUUACCUACAACGCUUCAAGCGGUGAUUCCGGAUCAACAACCGUCACGUUGUCCACGGAUGUAGCAAACACUAUUGACAAGCUCUCCAAAUAUCUCCCCGCCAUGCUUGGCGUUAUGGCGCUUAAUGCCCUCGUCUUGGUCAUACUUUCCAUUGUCGCCCUUGUCUUACUGUGCAGACGUCGCGGGAGGGGUGCGCGAGCGCGCAAGACACCCGGAAGACUGAGUCCCAUGCCGAUGAACAUCACCACUACGAGGUAUCCCGAUUAUGUCAACCCUCAAGAGCCGCACACAUAUCAACCUGUCUCGAUGGCAUUGACUGAAGACACACUUUUCGCUCCUCCAUCGCCCGCCUUUAAAGGGCAGUCAAGACCUGGAGACCGCCCAAAUUCAGUCGCAUAG